AAAGGAUCUGGUUUAACUCCUCAAAUACAACUCACAUUAGCAAUACCAAGCACUACAACUGUAGGAUCCAGGAAUUUCUUAUUACUCAAAACCUUUGCACGAAAACUUGUACAAGAAUUCAGUGUGUCUCCCUCAGGGACAAGGGUUGCCAUUGUGACUUAUUCACAAGACCCACACCUGGAUUUCAGCUGGCAUGAAUUUUUUAACAUGGAAUGCACGUUGAAAGCCAUCUCAUCUAUUAGGUAAAUAGCUCAAACUGUUAAAAAAAACAGUAAUGUAUAUAGUAUACUAUCUAGAUAAAUUAUAGUGUGACUUGUGAAUGGUGAAUAUUUACCAACACUUGUUUGUCCUGAAAACGAUCGUCAAAAUUCAAUAUGACGUUUCAACACCCUCUGUCUCUCUGAGUUAAGAGCAAUUUUAUAGCCCCCACUAUCUCUAACUUAUUUUGAGACAGCUUACUAACUCGCAGGUCACAAAAUAAAAUCAGUAAUGUAUUUAGCAGUGAUUUCCAUCCAAGAUGUUCUUUCUCUACAGAUUUGCGGCUGGACGAAGUGCCUCUUUAGAUCACCUUCUCCACUUCCUAACAUCAAACCUGUAUUCACAACCAAAAAAAGAGAAGCUAAAAGCCCAACAACUACUUUUUCUUAUUGCGGAGAGUAAUUCAUUUGAUUCUUCAGCAUUGACUGCUCUUCGUGCCGCCAAAACAUUGGCAGACAAUGGGGUGGAGGUGUUUGUUUUUAAAGUUGGCGGCAAGCAGGUGAUCGAUCUAAGCAAAGUUGCAAGUGAGCCAUUGGAUACCCACGUUUUCCAAGUUAACGACUUUAAAGAUCUCUUAAAGGCAUCAAAGGCUUUUAAUGGCAAAGGUAAAUAAGUUUUAACUAAGAACGUGCGAAUCUUUGAGUUUAUCAAGCCGUGUAAACCUUAAAUUAGUGGUACAAUGUCCCGCAGAUAUAACUCCUAUAUUAUUUCGUUUACAAGAAAUGACACAAUUACUUUCCGCUAAAAGGAGAUUGCUUCAUGCGAUACAUAAUAAUUAAAUUACAAACAAUUUGGAGGAGAUCCCUUUAGUAUUUAUAAUCAAUAAUCUCCCUAAUUAAGAAUACUCUCAGGAACCAUAAUUGAGGAAGGAGACUGCAACUAGCACCUUUUCCAGUAAUAGGGUUGGUUCGAUCGAAAUAGCCAAAUGUGCUAUUUUUAGCACAAAUUGUGCCAUCUCGUGUGACAAGCGCGCGCAUUUUUCUGCGAGGACGCCACGCAAAAGAUAACCAGACAAAAUGGCGUCGGAAAUUACCUCCGUAAGAGAUGAAUAAAUUCAAUUUUUGUCAUAAUUGCUUCCUCUGAAUUUGAGGCAACACCUUGAGGUGAACCUCUUUGACAAUAGCUCUAAAUGUGGGGAAUGUGAAUGUAAUUCUGCUUAAUUAUGUUAAACACCGCGGUGAGAGUGACAAAGAGAUGUCGUGCGAUGGUGAAUAGACUGAUUUACCAACAGGACGGGAAAGUCAGUUGACGACGAGAAAGCGCACGGAAAGGACUAAACACGACUUCCUGUGCUCAGUUUGCCGCUCUGCCAUUGGUCAAGCCAGUUGUUUGAUUUGCGCACGCCGUCGUCCACUGACGUUCCCGUUCUGUUGCUAAAUCAGCCUCACCCUAAUAUCCCGUUCGGACGAAACAAACAGUCAAAACAAAAAGUGCGGAGAAAAGGAGGGCGGGACGUUAACAGCAACAACAACAAAAAAAUUAUAACUAAUUUUCUUAAAUUCUUUGAAUUCAUAACAAAUACAGCUCCACAAGUUUCAAACAGUAUCUACCGUCAGAAUUUCAUGGAAAUAAUACUUUUAAAUAUAAUAAUUUUCCCAGUUGAAGAUAUCCUUGGCAGCGUGGCGCAGUGGUCUAGGAGCUGACCUUCCGCGCAGAUGUGCCAGGUUCGAUUCUCGCUUAAGCCGUUUUUUCUUUGUUGUAUAUAUUUUUUCGUUUUAUUUUUGUUUUGUUUUUAAUCAUAUUUUUCCCCUUGGCUUCUUUCCCUUUAUUUUUACUUCUGGCCCAUUACAGCCUCGCGAGGUUUUUUGGGAUAAAAAACUGUGUAUGCAUUGCCUAUCAAGAUAUGAACCACUUGGAAAGAUAUAAAACACUCAAAUAAAGUUGUAAAACGAUCGCCCAUCUCCUGAAAUUCCAUACAAGAGCCACGCCAUCUCUUGGGUUCCCGUGAGAGUUUGUGACGUUGAGUGUGGUGCAGUUUGUUCUAAAAAGAGCUCAUUUGGCUAUUUCGAUAGAACCGCGUGGACCCCUCACUUCCGGUAUGCUACCUGAUUAUGGCUCCUGAUACUCUUUUAGGAUUCAAUCACACUUGUUCUGGUGAAGGAAUAGUUUACGAUGAAUGUAAUCGCCGCUGCCAUUGUAAAGUUGGAAGACCCAGCGAUUGUUACAGAAUACGAAAGGAAUUCACAGAAAUGUCCUUUAGGGAACGGCGUCGUUACGUGAGGGCCUUUAAAGCAAUAUCUACUGAAGACCCUUAUAACAGGACCUACGAUGCUCUCACUGCCCUUCACCCCAUUUUUUUCAAAGUAAUUCACGAGAAAAAGUUUUUUUUUCCUUGGCAUCGCUGGUAUCUGUACGAAUUUGAAAAUCUUCUUCGUCGAGUGGACUGCCGCGUGACGGUGCCAUAUUGGAAUUGGGCACGUGCUGUCUCAGAAAACCGCCUGUGGCGCCACACGGGAUUACGAGAUAUCUGGAAUCCGGAGACUCACGGCUUUGGUGGCAAUGGUGACUCUAGAUCUGGUUGCGUUCAAAGUGGACCUUUCAAAGAAGGAAAGUGGUCGCUACCAACAUGGUUAAAUUCAGAAUGUCUUUCCAGAGAAUUUGAUUAUGACACCGAUUUGCCAGGCCAACGAUUUGUUAAUAAUCUAAAUCGAAUAACUUGGAGUCGGUUUAGCAGGUUUGAAGCUGCUGUUAACCGUAUGCACAAUGAUUUUCAUGAUGCCAUCGGCGGAACAAUGUCUGAAGAUGAAUCUGCCGUUGCACCUGAAUUCUGGUGUCACCACGCCUUCCUGGAUAAAAUCUGGUCCAACUGGCAAGAUCGUGGCCCUAAAUACAAAUUUGCAUAUUAUCGGAGUAUAAACAGGACACUACCUGGGGGGACACACUUUGGAAGGGAGUUCAUGGACCUUCGAUAUCAGCCGCAAUGUGUAAGGGUCCUAUAUGAAGAGACACGAGAAGUAUAA